AUGACACUCUCCAGUCGGGACUCCGGUUGGUUUUGCGUCGGUUGCAAAACGAACGGCCGCCUCUUUUCCGCCGACGCUGCCGUUCUUCUUUGCCGUUCCGAUUGGACCACGAGUGACGAUCACGUCGGCUUCUUCUUCUUUUUUUUUGAAUAUUCUCGAAAGGCUGAGAUGUAUCGAACUUUCUUACAACCAUCAUCCGAUCCUUAGGUCUUCUGACAUCUCCUUUUUUCGAAAAUUUAUCAUUAUGUUGUCUGAGUUACGUCGAACUUUCUGACGGUCAUCAGCAGAUUGUUAGGUCUUCCUGGGACUUGUUUUCCCACUUUUUUUUUCAGAAUUCAUCAACAGUGAGUGGGCUGAGAUAUGUCAAACUUCCUUAUUCACACCGGAUAGAUAGACCAAGCUUUGGCCUACUUAUCUUUAUAUCUCUAUUUUCAAAUUUGACUUCUAGGAUUGCUUCAAAAAAUCUUUCGAUUUGAAUAAGGACAUCAUGACCGUAAUAGGUUUUUUUUAGAUAAUGAAAGUUUGAAAAAUUAGGUUUAGUUUAUUUUUCCAAAACUUCGGAUUUUGAUUCAGAGAACCUGAUAACGUGAAGAAGGGGCUAGAAUCUUCUGAUUUUUUUAUAGGUUAUAUUAUAUAUCGAUUAUUGAUCAUAUUGAUCAUUCAACUCGUAGUUAUCCUGUUUUAUCAAGAAAAAAAGUUGAAAAAUUUUUUGGAUCACUGUUUCAGAAAAAAAUUCGAUCUGAAGUUGUGAAACAACUUUGUUUUUUCGAAAUUGAACUUCGAAAUGUCCUACUAACAAGGGAGGGAUCAUAUCACUUUGCGGUUGGGAACUUCUUGAAAUUUGGCCAGAACACUCCUAGGUGUACCCAAUCGAGACCAUGAAGGCCGCAACAUGCACAACUUCCCGUUUUUGAGAAAUAAGGGUUGAGAGCUCUAAAAUAGCUUAUUUUAACGGAUUUUGAUGCGCUUCUUCCACUUUGAGGCGUCGUUACUCAAAAAUAGAAAUUUGUACAGUUUGAGACUUUCAGAAUUUUCAUUAAGAAGUGUUCCAACCAAUUUUCAAGAAAUUCCCAAUCGCAAAGUAAAAUUACCCUUGUAAAAUAAUUUUAUCAGUGGAGCGCAAAUGUUUUUCAACUUUUUGCCAACUCUCUUUCGCCAACGGAAGGAGUUGUUAUGUACUGAUUAUAUGAGAAAUUUGCCUUUAAGCAAUCAAAGAAGUUUUCACCCAAUAAUGGCUCAGUUUUUCGGCAACUUUCUCGCAAAAUUUGAUCUACCAGUCCUGUCAAUCAACUUUUUUCGCCUCAAUUUUCCCGCCAUGCUGCACCUAUAUCGAUGACUGCCGAUAUCAGCACGCAUGGCGCAACUUGAGGACCUGGAAUAUUCCGGAUUCUCGCGCACCUCUCUUCCGGCACUUUUUUUUGCUCUUUGUUUACCGCAGCAACGGUGCUCUCGCCCCCACUGGACACCCUUCAACCUUGAUUUUUUCUCAGUUUCCUUGUUUUUGUUGGUUUUUGAUAUGAAACCUUUUCAUGAAGGUGUUGAAGAUCGCCUUGAAAGUUUUGAAAAUUUUAUUUUGCGACAAUUUCAAUCAAUUGUCUUGAAAUCAUUCAAUUAGAAGUUUUUUUAAGGGCAGAAGGUUCCCUAGUACUUAUUAUUCAACCCAGUUAUUUGAUGAGAUAGCCCCGAGAACUUGAACUGUUCAUACAGAGUGGGAGAUCGAAAAAUUUGGACCUUAUAAACUUGAAAACAAUUUUUUAAUUUUUUCAUAUCGGAAUAUCUGGAAAACUUCCAAAUUUGCUAGUUUUGAAAACUUUCAUUGAUGAGAUCCCUUUGAAAACCCGAAUUUACCCAUAGAGCGCACAAACUUGAUACUUCUGGCCGUUUUGAACUGAUGAUUUGUUUUCUUUUUUUUUUAUUCGAAGCUUAAGAAUUUGAAAGAACUUUUUCGAAAGUAGUGUAAAAGUUUUGAGAAACUUUAUUCAUGGAAAGCAUACUUUUGGACUUCCGGUUUCCGAAAAAAAUAGCUCAAAACUUAAAAUCUAAGUAGAAGUUUAAAAAUCUUUUUUAAAAAAAAGUUUUCUUCUAGAUUUUCUUGUUAAUCGACUAACUUUUCUGCCGUUUGGAUUUUUUUUCCUGUUCAUUUUCUCUUCUUCCCCUGAAUUCAGUUAGAUUGAUCAUACUAAAGUCGAGAUUUUGCAGAUGAAUCUGGAGAAGAACUGAACAAACUACUCGUUUUGCUGUUGGGCUGUGCGAUACAGAGCGACCGAAAACGGCUGUUUGUCGACCGGAUCACCAAACUCGACGCAAAAGUUCAGAUCGGACUUGCUAGUCAUAUUAAGAAGGUGAGAAAGAUUAUCCUGCUUUGAUAGUUUUAGUGAAAAUCUCAUUUUUUCCUAGUUUUUUUCAAGUAGAGCUUUAUUUGAAAUUCUAUUCUGGAAUAGUUGUCUUAUUAUCAAAUUUCGUGAAGAGCUUUCUAGUGGUACAUUUUUGCAAUAUGAGUGUUCAAUAUCAUAAUUAUUGAUCCUUUCAUUUUUCAGUUGACUGAAGGAACCUCCAUCGUCGUCAGCGCUUCUGAAGCCGACCGAUUUGAGGUCUUCCGACAUUUGGAAAGAGUUAUGAGGGAACGCGACGCUCUGGUGGAGAUAGCCUCGAUUGAUCAGGUAAGGAGGAAGCUUUCAGCAUUCCAGUGAAUUAACUUUGAUUUUGAAAAUCGAGCUUUUUUUUGAAAGUUCUGAAAAACUUUUUUUCCCUGUAUUACUUCCAACGACCUUGGUUCUGGAUGAAAAAUAAAUUUGCCAUUACGUUUUUGAAUAUUUUUUAUUGCUGUUUUAGCGGGAGUUACCUUUUGAAGUACAAUAAAACAAAGCAAAAUAAAUAGAUCCAGUGAAAAAAUCAAAUUGGAACAAAGCGACAAAUAUUGAAUUUUCCAAAAAGAAAGUUUUUUUUUGAAAAAAGAGAAGCUUGAAAUUCGAUUUUGAAGAAAGAAGAUUAAAAUUUUCUUAUUUUUUCCGAUCUUUUUUUCAAAUUCUAAGAUGUUUGUCCCAGGAAAGCGACGAAGGGAGCAGUACAACCGCCGCCUCUUCCCUAAAUGGAGAUCUCCCGCCGAAACGCAGAGACUUUAUUUAUGGUGAAUUUAGAACUAAAUUUCGGAAAAUAAAUAUUUUUUUCCAGAACGCCGAUCCCCGUCCCCUUCAUCAUAUGAACGUCACACCAACGUGGAAAUCGCCGAGGCGAAGUCGCAAAUCAGAAAAAUUGCGGAAAACAACGUAAAAUUUUGCUUUUUGAUAGAUUGAAGUUCAUUCAUUACUACCUAGUCGUUGAAAGAAUUACUGUAGAAUUCUCAUAAUUAAUUUUUUUGUUUGUAUAUUCUCACGUUAAAAAGUAGUCAGGUAGGCUUUUCUUAUGAAAACUUUCAUUUUCCAAUUUUUUUGAGCAAGGAAAUAGCUGUAAACACUUCGAAGGUUCGGUUUUUCGAAAAAAAGAUUUUUUGAUACUAUCAGCUAAAUACUAGGAAAAAAUGAGAUAGUUUUAGAGAAAUUUACGAUUUUUUCCUUUUUGCGAUUAGCCACACAGGUGAAUUUGGUUAGAUGAGAUUAUUUUAAAACCGUCUGACUUGUCUGCGCUCUCUUUCUCUCACCUUAAGGGUAGAAAGAAAUAAAAUUAACACGUAGAACAAAGAGAUUGCAGACACACCAAACGGCUCCAAGUUAUAAGGAAAAUAACACGGGGAAACUAGAGGGUGCAGACAGGCUAGAUAGUUUCAAUUUAAAAGGAAAAUAGAAUAAAGUUUAGACUGAUCAGCCUUUUUUUUUGUCGUAGGAAAACUACUUAGAAUUGAGAGAGCUUAGAGAAACCAGAGUCUCUGAAAUCACUCCAAAAUCUUUAAGAGAAAAUUUUCCAGAGAGGAAAAAGACGACGAGAUUCACGAUUUGAAGUAUGAAUUGGAGGAGAAGGCGGAAUUGGUUUGAGAAUUUUGAACGAAUUUUCCAAAAAUCUCAAUUUUAGAUUCAUAAAUUGCAAGAGGAAAGAUUGGAAUUGAUAAAGGAUGCCAGGGCCGCCAAGGACUACCGAGACGAGUUGGACUGUGUCCAACAUAAGGUUUCGAAUUUCAUGAUGAUAAAAUUUUAAUAUUCAUGUUCAGAUCACGAAAAUGGACAAAAUCGAGUCGGAGAACGCGAAAAUGCGGGAGAAGCUCAACGAUUUGGAGUUUUUCAAAACGCGAUCGGAGGUGAUUUUUAGAAUUUUAUAUAAAAAAGGAGAUCGCUUGGAAUAGAGCGGUUGUGAAAUUGUAUAUUUUAUUAGGUCUCCAGAAUUGGAAUUUUAGUAAUCACAGCUUUCUUGUUAAACUGUUAAAUGCUGUCAUGAGGCUUUAAAAUCAUCAUUUUUCUCGGGAUUUUUUUUCAUUUGUAGUCCUCUUGAGCAUUUUUUUUAAAGGAGCAUAACUUCAUAAAUGUCUCGAGGCGAACAGCCGUUUUCAAUAUUAGGUCGUGCGAAACUUCGCGCCUCACCUCAGAAAUUAUUUUUCAACACGUUUCAUCACUCUACACUGUCAAAAUUCGAAGUGAGAAAAACGGGUGCAAAAAGGGAAUGACUGCAAAAUGGUCGCUAAAAGGGCGGCCUUUAUUGAACCUUUCAUUCUUGGUAGGCUAAAAAGCCUCAAAAAAAUGUUUAAAAAGGAUGAAGAAAAAGUGAAGACCGAUGAAAGAACGGAAAAAAGCAGUAAAAAGGAAACCGUUGUCACCCGUUUAGGAACAAUUUAUGAAAACCUUCCGCACCCAUGACGGACGCUCAAAGGGCCCCUAAAGGGUCUAAACGUCUAUGUAGAGUAUCUCUCAAAAUCUCAAAAAUAAAUGUUUUGAUUAGACUGUAGCUUUUAGAGUUUCAGUUUGAAAUAGUUCCACAGUUCAUCCACUUAACUUUUUCGAAUUUGAGAUAAAAUAAAUUGUUUUUCUCUGCAUAUUAUUCGUAAGUAAGAGAAACAAAACGUCCAAGUUUUUUAUUUGUGACUAAAUCUUCUUGUUCAAGCCGAAACUUCCUCCUCCUCAUUAUUCAUUUUGGACUGUAAUGACCACCCAAUGUCGUAAAUAAAGGGCCGCCGAAUGUGAUUUUUCUUCUCCUUCUUUUCGUGCCGUUCGUGUUUUUGGAAGGCGCCAUUCUCUACCGAUUCAUCUUAUUCGUUUGCCUUCCUAAUUCUGACUAAGUUGCCCUAUUUGAAGACGAUGUUCACGUUUUCCAUGGAGAAUGUGAGGCUUUUUGAUAGAAUUUUACUUGGAAGCCUGUCAUUCCUAAGUUAGAAAUCAAAUUUUUUUGGAGAAACAUUGGACCAUUGAAGGAUUACAUUGUAGAACUUAAUUGGCCACUAGAAUUUCUAGAACUGUGAGGAUAAAUUGAAGUUUCGAAGUUCGAAAGCAGUUUUUUACGCAGAUCAAAAGCUUUAUUUUUGAAGAUAAAGGCCACAAAAGUUGUCAAAAAUGACAUUUUUGGUAAAUUUUGUCCCUGAGAUGUCUCAGAAUUUGAUUGGAAAAAAAAAUAUUUUGAAAAAUUAGGCUCAAAGUUGCUCAAACUGAACAGUUUUUAAAAUUAUUAUUAGUAACAAAUAAAAUUUCCAGGACUUGAGCAAGGCCAACGCAUUGCUUGACGAAAGUAUUGCCGAACUCGAAGAACAGAUUUCAAGGUUACAAUCGGAAAUCAAGGUAUUUUCCUCGAUUCAAAAUUAAACUCAUCAAAUUGAAAUUUUUCAGGCCCAAACAGAGACCGAAAUCCGAUUGGAAGAGGCCAAAACCUCGAUUCGAUCACUUCAAGACGUGAUUUCUGAGAAAAAUCAGCGGAUAGAAGAUCAUAUCGAGGAGCAGUUGAGGCUGGAAGGCGAGCUGAUGAACAGAAAUGCAAAGAUUGCCGAGUUGGAGAGGUAAUUAAAGUAGAAAAAGUCAACUUUCAUUGCAAACCUGAAAGCCAAUCACCAUAAAAGUUGGGCUGUAGGGAUGAUUUUUCAGAAAACUUGGUCGCUGACAUUUUUGAAACCGUAAACUCGGGUUUGCCGCUUCAUUAAUCGGAUCUAAAAAAUUUUACUCUGUUUUUUUUUUUUGGCUCCAACAGUCACCUGUUUCAGCAGUGCUUAUUACAAUGAAAAAAGUUCUGCGUACAAUCUGGAUUUGGUUUCAGAGACUCUGUCUCCUCAACGCCUCGACAUGCUCUUGGAUCCCUGGCCGAACAGCUUGGCGACGCUGAUCGACAAGAAAUUAGCCGUCUCCGGGCCGAAAACCGGAAACUGAGGGCUCAAACCGAAGGAGCUUCUUCGACCACGGCAACUCCUGACACUUCGUAAGGAUUCAGUUACUUUGAGAUGUUAAUUUUUUUCCUAGUCCUGAAAAAAAAACUAAAAAACUUACGAAGAGCCGUGUGAAGCUCGAAAACCAGGUCUGGAAAGUGGAUUUUCUAAAUUUUCAGCAAAAUGUCUUAAGCGUCGCGGUCGCGAAGCGGCUGGAUAGUACUCUGGAAUUUGAUAGCUUACACUAUCUUACAGCUUCGGUGUUACCCGUAAUCCAGAAGCCAAAAAAAAAACAUAGUUUAAUAGUUUUCAUGCAAAUUUAAUGUGUACCAACAAGUUCAACCUGUAUAUUUUCGAAAUCUCGAAAUUUUCCAGAUUUUUGGUCCCUCCUGGCGAGGUCGAGGAACUGCGCACGAAUCUCGAGGUUCAAGAACAACGCGCCGAAGAGUUCCGAGUCGAAGCCGAAAAACUCAAAAUCGAACUCAAACAGUUUGAUUCGACGUUCGACCGUGUUAGUCAGGAGCUUCUGGAGGUCAGAUCGGACACCUGAAAAGAAGAAAUGAACGAACAUUUCCAGGCCACACGACAGAUUGAAGUGAUGAAAGUGGAACGAGAUGAGGCUCUUCAUGGCCUCUGUGACGCUCGCCGAAAGUUUGCCCAGUUCCAGACGGAGUUUGGCAAAAAGCUGGAGGAGGAGUCGGAGAAUAAGGUGAAGAACGAACAGUUUUCCGAUUUAGAGAAAAUAAAUCAGAACUGUAGAUCUGCCAUGUUUAGACAAAUUACUGUUUCCAUAUUAGAAUAAAAGGUGAACUCAUAAAAGGUGAACGCGACGGAGGCGGGACGCGUAGCGUGUGCGUACGCGGUUCUUGGCACGAGUUCAAUUCAACCGUCAGAGACUAUUCGGAGAAAUAUUUACUCGCUCUUUUCAUUUAUUAUUUCAUUUUUACAUUAAAAAAUAGUUGAAUAGAUGCAAAAACAGCGGUUCCAGAGCUUUUUUAAAAAGUCGGCGGCGCUUGAAUUGAACUUGUGCCAGGAACCGCGUACGCACACGCUGCGCGUCACGCCUCCCUUGCCUAUCAAGUGGGGAUGAUGGAUUGACUAUAAAUGCACAUAUUAUAAGGACUAAAAACUGCAUGUCUUUUAAAGAAGUUCAAUUUUUAACUGUGACCAGUUCUUGGUAGGAAAUUGAAAGUUCAAACGUUAAGCUUCUUCUUCAAAAAGUCUAGCUCUAUGAUUGAAAACAAGUUUUGAAUAAUUUUCUUUUUCUUUGCCAAAUAUAGUCUGUGUGCCACGACUUGAAGUUUCACCGAACGACAUUCCGUUCCGCUGCGUGCGUUCGCGAAGCGUCUUUCGAAUAUGGCUCACGCUUUCAAUGUAUUGUUAUUGCUGUGGGAGAACAUGAAAGUAGAGUACAUUAAUGAAAGAAAAAAAAAUUAAAAGCGCGACAAAAGUUGGCAAAGGCGCGCAGCGGCACAGCGGAAUGUUUGGUGAAAUUCCAAGUCGUGGUACACAGGCUAUAACUAUCCUUUUAUCCGUUGAUCGAUUAUUAACCUCGAUUCUUUUCCAGAUCCGAGAGCUGGAGUUUGACCUGAAAGAAGCCAAGCGGCGACUCCAACAGGCGGAUGAAGAUCGUGGCGAGAUCGAGGUUCAACUUGAAAGAGUCCGGGAAGAACAAAAGAGGCUCCGAGUGGACCUGGAUGAGGCCAGGGAACAGAGAGGACAACAGGAGUUGGCUCUUGCUCAUGCCGAAAGAGCACGAAGGAGUGUGGAGAAUGAGAGGAACGUCUUGAGGGUUAGGAAAUCGAGAAAAAUCUCAUUAAUGGGUUAUUUAAUUAAGGAGAGAUCAGAGAAGCUUGAAGAUGAGCUGGAGGACAUGCGAAUGCGACUUCUGAACACUGAUGAUGCUGCCAAGAGAUUGGAGGACCGGGAGAAGAUCAUGGUUUUUAGUUUUUACAGAAAAAUUAAGCUUUAAGUUUCUAGCUCUAACAAGAAGCUCAAAGUAUGUGUUUCCGACUCUCUUGAAGCGCUUUGAAAUCGAUUCAUUUUCCUCUAGGUCGAGCAGAAGAACCGACUUGGCGACUGUGAAGCCGAAGUCAGGACCCUGCAGCAGCAGCUCAAGCUGGAGCAGAACAAGACCCAGCGUCUCCGGGAAGACUUAGUGGCUGAGAAAUCGCGUGGAUCUGAAGUCGUCGGACGUCUUCGAUCGCUCUGCGCCGCGGUGUCGCUCAACGGCGGCAAAAUCGACACCGAGAUGGACGAUGUCAAGGUGAAAGAGGGAGAUAAUCAUGAAAAAGCAUAGUAAUUAGAAAGAGUUCAUAAUAAAAUAAUACCAUACAUGGGCACCGUUUUGAGGCGGCCAUUCUCCCAGUCUUACUGAAUUUAAGUCAAGUUCCAUUGAAGUUGAAACUUGAUUAAUUUAAUUUUUUCAACAAUUCUCCAGUAUUUUUUUAAACUCAAAAAUUGUCUUAAAGGCCUUCUUCAGCCGGAAAAGAGAGCAUCACUUCUGAAAUUGAAAAAAAGUUCAAAUAAAUCUAACUUGUGAAUUUGGAUCACUUCCAGCUGAUCGAUUCCAUCGAUGACGUCAUCAUGACGGCUCUCACCACAGCCAGACGUGAAUCCGACGCCCUCCGACUCCAACAGCACACACAAAUCGCUGAACUUGCCGAUUUGAAGAAGGAUAUCGAGAAAUUGAGGUAAAUAAAACAGUUCUUCUGGAAGGAACGAAAAUAUGUGAAGAGGUCUUGUUGAAAAAUGAAACUUGGGGACAAAAUCCGUUUCUCCAGAACUUGUAGGGAUUGAGAGCACGUCGGCAAAGAUCCAUAUAUCAAAAUUGUCUUCGUUUCUCAUUUCUUUAGGUUUCUUUUUCUUCACAGGGGAAAAAAGAAGUUUUUACGGCUUUUCAGUAAACUAUUUUCAUAAAUUUCAACACCUUCUAGCUUUUCAAAAAGAGAGUCAUAUUUAGACCCUUCUGGUACUUUCCUGUCUAUUCUUAUUUCAAGGACAUACUCAAAUAAAUGGACUUUUCCAAGAUUAGCAAGCGAAAAUUUGAAUCUUUUCUGGUCCAUUGUUGGCUUUUCCUUUCCAAAAGCCAACCCAAAGAAUUUCAAAUCCUCAACCCGUUUUGAUCGGCCUUUUUUCUUUGAUCCAUUGAAACGAACGCGUUGCAUGUGCAAAGAAGGUUCCCCUGGGGCGUGGCUGGGAUUCUCAACAACGAACACAAAGAAGAGAACCAGAGGAACGGUUGUACAAGACAACUUUCCUCGUUUUUCGUGCCAUUCGAAAAAAAAUGUCCAUUUCCUGUGUUCAAAGAAGGAAAAGUCAGCAACGGCCAAGGGAUAGCGUGUAUUUUUUGUGAGUUUCUUGGGAAAAAAGUGUUGUAGCUUAGGUAAAGUUGGGUAAAGCCUUUUUUAAAAUGUGUCCUGAAAAACUGAAAAAAAGGUUAUUUUGCUGCCUUUUGGCGUUUUUUUUACUAGCCAGAUUGACUCUUUUUGCCGCCUUUUAACACUUUUUUGAGCCUUAAAAAUCAUAAUUGAAAUCUUCAAAGAAGCCUCAAAGCGGGAUCCUUUCAGCAGCUUUUCUUAAGAUCUUCAGAGGGGUCACUAUAGAGCCAACCUUAGAGGCCCUUGGAGAUUCCCCUCUAGGAACAAUUUUAAACCCCUAUGAGGGUCAAUAAAGCUUGCUAAAUAGGUCCCUAUAGGGGCAUGCUAGUCGAUAAUUUUUAUAAACUCCCCCUAAACGGACCAUUCAAGCUCUAGGGGCCCAGGAUUCAGACCCUAAACCCCUAUAAAUACAACCUUGAUUCCACCUCUAUAGGGACCACCUUUAGUAGCUUUUUUUCUUUUCCCCCGAUCCCUAGUUGGAUCACUUCAAAAUUCCUGAGUUCUCCAAAAGUUAUAGACCUUUUCGGGCAAUUUUUGGACAUUUCUGACUUUGCCACAAAAAAAUAUACUUUCUAUUUGUAUUUUUUUUUUGUCUUGUAGGAGAAGCGAGAGCGCCUCUCUGACGGAAAGCGAUGAUCGUGUUCGCGAAUUGUCCCAGGAGAACAUUGGAAUGAAGGAACAGGUAUGGUUUUUUUGUAUAGAACAGAACAAUAAUAGGAAAAAAAGAGCUCUUUUUUUAUGAUCAAAAUUCUUUGAAAUGAAAGUGCCAUGGGAAAUUUCGUUGUUUUCACGUUUCGAAAGUUUCGAUUUUACGCUCAUUUUUUUGGACUGAAUAUUGACUUUAAAAUAAUUUCUCAAAAUUUCAAAAAAACAAAUAUGGCGUUUUUUGCUUUUUUCAGGAAGGUCUGAGAAUUUUUUUAAAGUUGUUGGGGAAUAAUGGUACUAAUGCAGAAAAAUUGUCGUUUUUUUCUAGUCUGAAAAAAAUUAAAAAAAAUAAGAAUGGAACUUCAAAAAAACUCACUCGACUUCUAUAAAUUUUUCAAGUUGAAUUCUUUGCUUUUUUUAUUUGUAAUAUUAUUUUUUUGAAUUGGUCGAAUAAGCAUUAAGAUGAUGGUUGUUAGAAUCUAAAUUUUGUAACUGUUAACUUUUUUUGAAUUUUUUUAUAAUGCCAUUUUUUUGGCGAAACUCUCGACCAAAAAAAGUGUAACUAUCUCCCUUGUUGCAAAGCUUUUUAUUCUUAUUACUUUCAUAAUUCUAUCAAAAACGGACUUAAGUACAUACAUAGUAUCAUGAAAUUUGCAGGUGUUCAUGGUCCAAGAAAAGGUCCGCGAGCUCAACAUUGAAAUCGCCACCAAGAACAGCGAAAUCGUGUCGGCGAAGCGAGAAAUCGAGGAGUUGCACCGUAAUCAGGUGCGUAUCUAAAUGGGAAUGGAUCAGUGGAUCUAAAAAGUUGAAAAAACUAGAUUUUUUUUUCUCUAUUUCGUAAGGUAAUCCAGAAGGAUUUACCGUAAUCCACCGCGUAUCUAUCUUAGAAUAGAUGAGGAUCGUUUUAUUUUGAUAAAAUUGAACUCAAAAAUAAAUAAGCGGAAAAAUUGACCCUAGUUGACCUUCAAUGGCUUUCUAAAAGAAAUGGGAAGAUUUUACUAUCAAAAAAAUGCGUAUCUAACUUGGAAUGGCUCAGAAAUGUAGCUUGAACGUCAUUGGAUUGAUUCAAAGCUCAAAAAAUGAUCGGAAAAGAAGUAGGGUGGACAAUGAAUAUGGUAGGGAGUUUUUAUAGUACCCUACAGUAUAUCUGCUUCCUACAGUGUUGUGGAGUUGUUAUUUUUCCUCUAAAUGUCAUUAUUUGAAAGUUUUGAUUGCCAUCAAAGAAGUAUUUUUUUUCAAUUUUUUUCAGUUAUACCUCAAACUCCUUUCCUUGAUCCCAUGCCUGAGCUUUCUUGUUUUUUUUUUUUAGGUAGUUUUCUAAAAUGGAAGGCGGGCUCCUUCUUUCAAUUUUUUCCGGAGUCUUACCUGAUCAUCCGUUGUAAUCACCUUGGCUUGUCCCCAUCAAGACAACAAGAUCCGGUCGUGGUUCCGAACAGACGUACGGCGGCGCCGGCGAAGAUUUACGAUUGAUGGAGGGGCGAGACAAUUGUUUAUGGGGAGGCGAUGAAUCAGAGUUGUCGAUGUUGUUGUUGAUCUUCUUGGAAUUCCUCGGAUUUUCUAGAAGUUAUAUACAGUACUGGCCAUAAAGGUAUUUCAAGGUGGUUAUUCGAGCAUAACUUGUCUGAAAGUGGCUCAAAUGAUUUGAAACUUUGAACAAAUUUUUAAAUAACUACGCAGUAACUUUUUUUCCCAGAAGAAGUACUCAUUUGCUCGAGUGAAACCGGAUUUGAGAGCAAAAAAACCGAAAAAUCCUGAAAAUGAAGAUUUUUUUCUCUUGAGAUUCGAAAAAUCAUAUCUUCGAAGAAACUUCGAUUUGAAAUCAGAAACUUUUUUUCCCGGUAAAACAAGUCUUCGACUUUCCAAAAAACUUAAUCAGCCCCCUAUCAACCCGAUAGUAAGAGCGUAGUGACUUUUUCUUUGGAAGGCCUUAUUCGUUUUGACGCCUCGUCAUUCAGAUGGACUAUACGAGGUCAUUUUUGUUUGAGAACACCAUGUUUCUUGUUAAAAACUUAAAAACACCCUCAAGAAUAGUUUCACACCGUUUUCCUCAGCUUUGUCACUAUAUCCUCUCUCCAGAACUCGCUUACUUCACUAGGUCUGAUUUUGAAAUCUCGGAUUCAAACAGUUUUUCUGGACUUACGGGCAUUCAAAGCAGUUUUUGUCUGAUCAAUCGCUUUUCAAUCGUGAAUUCGAAAAUACAUAAUGGCCAAAUUGCAGUCUCCCACUUCCUGAAGACUGCUAAUUUUUUUGCUGAAGCAUUAGUUUCACAAGAUCAAAAACUUAUUUUCCCAUAAAUUUUGAAGAAACGUUUUUACAGUGCCUAUUUUUUUGACCUGAGAGCUAUAAAGAGGAGUUACAAAUUUAUCUAAUAAUCUUAAACGUUUAAAAAAAUUAAAAAAAGGGGUUUUUUUAUCAUCUUUCACAAGAUUUAGAGCCUUCUAAGCAACACUUGUUGAAAUGAAGUUUUUGAGAACUUUAAGAAACUCAGUAUAACUCACUAUAUCUUUUGAGUAAAGUAAGCGAAACACAGUGAGUCUUUUUUUAUUUUUUUAUUCAUAAAGAUUCUGAAAAAGCUUUGGAAUCUGAAAUAAGAAAUUGAGAAUGUUCUGAUUUUUGGAAAACGAGCAGAACCGCUCCAAAUCAGAGGUUUCAAAAAUCAGACCCUAGUGAAGUAAGCGAGUUCUGGAGAGAGGAUAUAGUGACAAAGCUGAAGAAAACGGUGUGAAACUAUUCUUGAGGGUGUUUUUUUAAGUUUUUUUAACAAGAAACAUGGUGUUCUCAAACAUAAAUGACCUCGUAUAGUCCAUCUGAAUGACAAGGCGUCAAAACGAAAAAGGCCUUCCAAAGAAAAGCCACUACGCUCUUACUAUCGGGUUGAUAGGGGGCUGAUUAAGUUUUUUGGAAAGUCGAAGACUUGUUUUACCGGGAAAAAAAGUUUCUGAUUUCAAAUCGAAGUUUCUUCGAAGAUAUGAUUUUUCGAAUCUCAAGAGAAAAAUCUUCAUUUUCAGGAUUUUCGGUUUUUUGCUCUCAAAUCCGGUUUCACUCGAGCAAAUGAGUACUUCUUCUGGGAAAAAGUUACUGCGUAGUUAUUUAAAAUUUGUUCAAAGUUUCAAAUCAUUUGAGCCACUUUCAGAGAAGUUAUGCUCGAAUAACCACUUUGAAAUAUCUUUAUGGCCAGUACUGUAUAAUUUCAUUUUGAUAAGACUUCCUUUCUCUACUGUGCGAAGUUCUAUGUAUAAACACGUCUCCUGCGUUGAGUUUCAAGCUCAUUUCUGAUCCCCGAUUUUCGGAAAAAUAACCCCGUUUCUCAUCUUUUUCAUGAUCCCGCUCUCAAGCUCAAUUUCUAUGAGUCUAAUUCGAAAUUUUCCACUUAAUGUUCGGAUUUUACGACCUUUAGCUCCAUAGCUUCAUUACAACGCUAAAUGAACCAUUUUUCAAAGCAAUUUCUUUUUUCCUCAUUUUUAUAGAAACUCAUCAAGUUGGCGAUUUGCCGUGGAUUGUUAAAAUCUCUCUGUAUUAAACCAAGGAGAACGUAGAACGUAGUAGGAACGCUUUGUGGAAAGAUGUAAAGUUGAAUGAUUGGCAGGCGGCGUGUAUGUUCGUCUGUGUGUGUACCUCCGGACAACAUUUUCCAUCCUUCUCUUGCUCAAUUGCAAAAUUUUAAAGAUCUGUUUCAAUCGAGUCGGAUUUGACCAUUCUAAUGAUUUCGUCUUGAGAUUAUCAAAUUUUCAUCAGCUUCCAACCGGGUUUUUUGGCCUCACAGAGAGGUUUUUUAAUGAAAUUUGGCUAGAUUUCAUUAGAUUUCUUCUUUUCACAUCGAAAACGAGUUUGUGUUCAAGAACAGACUAGGAGAUCUGUGGAAAAAGAUUCCGUCGUUUAAAAUUUAAAUAAAAGGUCAUAUCAAGUAGGAAAAAUAUUUCAGAUAUUCGUAAGCUUCUUAGCAACCAUCAAAAAGCCACGUUUCGGAACACUUUCAUCCAAAAAAAAGUUAUAGACUUUUUGUAGCCACCGUCUUCUAUUAGAAAAGUUUGCUCACUCGGAAAGCGUUCUUUUUUUCGGUUUUAAGAGGCCUGAAGAUUCGAACUUCGCCUGGAAAUUGCAUCUGGUGAUACUUUUUGUCAAUUUUUCGAAGAACUCUUUUUUUCAAAAUUUAGAGUUCUCUAUCAUUCUUCAUAAUUUUCUUCCCUAAAAUUUUCUCCAAAUUCAAGCUUUUCAAAAACAGUUCAGAACUAUUUUUUCGAAAUUUUUUCACCUUUCCUGUUACAGUAAGAAAGAAAGCCCUUCUUUUUUUUCUUGGUCUUUUACCCGCUGUUCCUGCCUGUCAUUCAAGCGUGUGUCACCUCGGGUUGACAUUGAAACAGAAGUGCGAGGCGUGCCAUAUGGACUCACCAAGAGGAAAUGGACCUUCAUUUCAAAUUCUUCCCCCCUUCCGACUCAAUAUUUCAUUACUCAAACGAUUCAAUUGGGAGAAGACCGUUUUAUUGCUUCUUUAUUGAGUGGGAUAGCGUGAAUGGGUUUGGGUUUUGAGAUGGUUGAAUGGAAGAAAUAGAAGAUGGAUAGUACUAAAUUUUUGUGGUCACAAAGAAAAUUAACUUCUUUCUAUUUUUUCAUAAUUUUUGAAUAACUAUAAAACUUCUGAGCCUUUAUCUGAUCGUUUAUCUUGCGCAAUUAGCCUCCGUUUUUGACGUUUUUCAUGAGAUAAUUGCCGGUAUUCGUUAUAAUGGGCUGGGUAAAUGGGAAAUCAGUUGGUAAUUGGUUGAGUACAGAAAAAAGUCUUAAAGGUUCAUUUUCGAGAAAAAUUCAAUCAUAAUGGCUUGCAUAAGUGCCACCCUGACUUUCUAUUCAGUUUUUUUCAAUUCUUGCAUACCUUAUUUUUUAAAAAUCAUUCGAAUUUUCGAAGGAAGCUUUCUUAGAUUUUCUUAAAAUACUGAAAAAAUAAAUCUUUUAGUUGGUAGAAGCUUGAAAAUUACAAUUUUCGCCCUGCAAAUUUUUUGAAGAUUCGAGGUGUGUAACAUUUCAAUAUUCUCUCAGGCUUCCUUGAUUUUCCUAUAACUAACUGAAAUCUGACUCAUUUCUCUGGUAGUAACACCGGAAAUUGGGCGUCGAAUGUGAGGCGAACAGGACGAGAGGUCAAGAAAUGAAGAGGAGGGGCCAUGUGGCGAGACAUGAUCUCUAUCGGAAGUCACUUGCCUCUUUUGAUGCCAAGAUCUUCUUUAUUUUCCUUCAUUUUAUUAUUUCAAUGCUGAGAUUCUAGUAGAUUUGGAUUGUGGGAGGGUUCUGGAUUAUAAAAAAAAAUGAGCUUGAAACUUUUUUUUCUUUGAAGCCUCAACAUUUGAUCCUGAAUCCUUUUCUCAUCAGAAUUUCGAAGAUUUGAGCUCUUUCGGCAUGAAUUUUGUUGGUGGGAUCGAUCUUGUGAGCUUUUUGACGUUUUAAAGGAGACUUAUCAACUGAGCGGCCUUUCAUAAUUUCCAAAGUCUCAAUUUUGAUUUGACCUGAACUUUCUGCGAGGUCAAAAACCUAGCAGGAGAUCGAGUCAGAGAUUUUGACCUAAGAAAAUUUUUUUCUACGGUUCCUUUUAUUUUUUAUACUCCAUAAACUUUCUUUCACUAGAGAUUCGAGUUUUUCCGAUGUAUUUUCAUUUUUCAACACUACCUGACUUUUUUGAAAGUUCAAUUUUCUCUAAGCGGAGUCGAACGUGCGGCUCUCUGAGCCUAAGAAAAGAGUCUUACUAACUGAUCCAUGUAUCCUUUCAUCUUUCUGAUACAUUAAUCGGUUCUAAUCAGACAUUGAACCCUUGUCUAUGAAUGAUUUACAAUCGUUCCGUUAACUCUCUGACGUUUACAGACCUCGUCAGCUGUUAGCAACACGGAACUCGCCCGACUCCAGGUCUCCUUGCGCAAUCUACAGCUCCAGGUUUCUUCGAAUCAUUGGAAGAAGAUUAUAAAAGCAUAAUUCCAGGAGGACCUCCUCAAGCAGGACAACAACGAGUUAAGACAGAAGCUCGAGCUUGCAGAGAAAUCUCGAGUUACCGCCAAAAAAGACGCCGUUGGUUUUUUGAUUUUCUCAGGGUUUUUAUGUGGUCUUUGAGGUUUCAGACUAGAAUUCGUAAAUUUCAAGAACAACCCUUUGAAUAUUUUUAUGAGGAAAAAAAAUAGAAGUUCUAGUAAAGCCUGACUUUUAGUCUUACAUACAUUGUGUAGGAAUUUUUUAUAAUCUUUAUCAAUGUUGGUCUCUUUUGAAGGACUCCCUGACGUCUAUGCACCAGGCGCUUCUGGCCGACCACGACCGCCUUCAGAAUCUUCACGACCUUCUGACCCACGACUACGAAAACGCCAAACGCGAAAACGUCGACAUGAAGACCAAACUGCGGCAGCAUUUUAGGGUUCAUUUUUGAUAUUUACAGUGAAAACCAAGAAGCAAGAUUCAAAAAGUUGAGGGAAGAUUAGAAACAAAUUUUGAGUCUUUUUUUCAUUUGAUGAGGCAUUUCUCGUUUGGGAUAUUUACCGUUAUCUGUUAUUUGCACUGUAAGAAGGGCGCUAAUUGCAUUGGUUGGAUCCUUUUUAUGGGGUGUGAAGUGCUGCGCGCGUGUUAGCAGUUGUUAGAAUCGUACGGUAGAGGAACUCUUUACGUUUGAUUUUGUAGAAGUAUUGGGAUAAUGAGCUCUGAUUUUCAAUCUUACCAUGAUGAAAAAUGAAAAAGUUUCAGUACAUUGCAGAUUUUGAUACGUUGGCCUCUUUUUUGAGUUAUAGGAACUUUGAAGGUUUUAGGUUAAAUUAUAAACUGAGAGAUUCUUCAGCAGAGCAUAGAUGAAGACUUUUUUUGAAUAAAAAGUCAAAACUAAGAAUUUUUUCCAGUGAAAAAAGUACCAAAAGUAAUUACAAAAAGUUGAACAUUUUUUGAAUUUCUAACGCUCAUUUUUAGGUGGUAUGAAAAAAACACCAGCGAAAAUUCAAACGGCGACUUUUCCGAUUUUUUCAUUUCGCUAGGGAACUUUCCGACGGCCACCUUUCCGACGAAACUUUUUCCGACUUUUUUUCCCUUUGUGCUUUUCGGUUUAUAAAAAAAUUUAUAUAGGAAGAUGUAAAACGAAGAGUUUAUCGAGAAAAAAAGUCGGAAAAAAAUUUCGUCGGAAAGGUGGCCGUCGGAAAGUUCCCUAGCGAUAUGAAAAAAUCGGAAAAGUCGCCGUUUGAAUUUUCGCGGGUGUUUUUUUCAUACCACCCAUUUUUACCUCACAAUGUCAUCAGAAAAUAAUUCAUCUCUUCCCACUUUUUAUGAAACAAAUCGUAUCAGAAUUUUUGAAAAACCGCAUUCUUCCCUACGGCUCUUUUACAACGUUUAUUAGCGAUUUCAAACGUCUCGAGACACGUGUUUUGCAGUGUCGUUUUUCUUACUCUUUUCGUUCGUUCUUUCUGAUUUCCUCGGGCCCUCUUCUUCUCAGUUUUCACGUUUCGAAAACGAAGAAACAACUUUUUUCGAGGUAUUAGGUUUCACCAUGAGGCGUUUUGCAAAAUAGAAACACCCAAUAAUAAGAAUGGAAAUUAGCGUUUACGACAACGAUGUAGCCGCGAAUUUUCAGUCGAUGGCCUCGCCGAUGCUGAACAAUUCGUCGUCGAGGGAGCUGGACGAGCUCAGGCUGCAGUUGGCUCAGGUCAGGAUCGCUUCUGAUUUUGUUGAUUUUUUGGAAUAGUUGAUAAUUAGAAAAUUUGGAAUUUUCGAUUUUUUCUUACUGAUGAUUUUUUUUUCUGUUGUUUCAGUUUAUUUUUUCAGAUUUGCAUAUAUGAUUUUUCGUGAAAACUUUGAAAACUGGUUUUUUUUUCUUUAUUUUUUUUUUUUCGAAGACUUCACUUUGAGCUAUAAGCGAAGAAACAUUUGAUUUUUCAUUUUUUUUUUUUUUUCUGUAAAAAAGCUCCUUUUUUCAGUGAUGAACCUCUAAAGACUUCACUUUGUGUCAGAAUUGCUAAAAUUCCCAAUUUUUUCUGUGAAAACUUCAAAAACUGGUUUAUUUCUUCUCAAAACUUCAAUUUCUAGGGACUAGAAAAUGAUAAUUCACUCACUUUAAAAAUGCUUUUUUUCAGGAAAGAACCUCCAAGGACAAGCAACUUAGAGCUUAUGCUGAUUUGCACAAUGAGCAUGGAGCUACGAGGAGGCAAUUGGAGAGCUUGCGGUCUGUAUUUUUGCUCAUUUUUCAGAACUAGGAGGUCUUUUUUCCACGAAAAGUUGAUAUUUAAAAUGCUGAAAUUUGUGUUUUGAAAGCUUGAAAUCAAUAUUUUAUAGCCUAAUCUCUCUUUUUCAUCUUGAUUUUUAGAAAAUCGAUUUUUGAAGGGCUAGAACUCUUCUCUGGCUUUCAGAGAUUAAUUUUUGAUAGGCAAAAACUUAAAACAAUUUUUUUUCUUCUAAAUUUUGGUGAGUUUCAGUGUCAAGUUCAAAUAAUCAAUUUUUUAUUUGGAAUAGCUGAGUAUAAUUGAGUUGUAUAUUUCAGAUCGGAAAAUGAGCACUUGGCGAGGAAUCGCGACGCUCUCACAUCGGAACUUCGGAGAAUGAGAUCAACUGAACCUUCCCACGAGUGGAGCGCCGCCAUGAACGAUCUCAAUCACCAACUCCAGGCCAAAGAUUUGGAAAUCGCCAAGUUGAACAAUAAGAUCGAGGUAGUCACUUGAUUUUAAGGGAUUUACAAGGAAGGUCCUUUUUUUGCGGUUUGAUCACAACUCUAAGAAAAAAACUGUCGUAAAAAUUUGAACGAAAAAUCUUAUAAAAAGAUCAUUUUUUUACAACUCCACCCAAUGACCAUUCCAAUGACGAAACUUGACGGAAAAGCCAUGUGCAUCAAACUCUAACCUGUAAAAAUCCAACUUUCUUCGAAAUUCUUCGAAGACAUCGAUCAUAGCCGAUACCUGCGCGAAACUUUAUUUUUUUUUGUGGUAUGAGUUUUGAAAUUUGCCAAGUAACGGUUUCAAGCCUGACGCGACUAUGAACGAUCUAUAUUCAGACCACUCAAGAGUUUUGAAGCAAAUCUUAAGAUAACUCCAAACCUCCUGUGUGAUAUUAAAAAAAUACAUUUUUCAGAUGCUGACCCAGUUGAAUAAGACCUACGACGAGGAGAACAAAAACCUGUCGAGGCAAAUCGAGAUGCUUCUCACUCAGAAUAAAGAACUCUUGAACCGAGCUCUCAAUGAUAAGGACCAGUACCACCAGGAGCAGAAGGAUUUCCAGGUACAAACUUGAAUUAUGAGUUUCGAGAGGCCAUGAGAUGACAUAGAAUUUGCUCAAUAUUUCGCGUUUUUGCUGUUUAAAGUCGUAAUGUUUAUCCAAUGUCGGCAUCCGACCUUUAGCGGUCAUGCUUUAACGUAUUUUUAGGUCCCACGACGCGUUGAACCAUCCUCAGGCGCAUGAAUAUUUUCAGAAAUUCCAAUAAUAUAACUUCUCAGGAACGACUAUCGGCCCUCCGAAGGCACAAGGAGAAGCUCGAGGAGAAGAUUAUGGAUCAGUACCGAUCGAUGGAAAAUAAGAAGACGAGUGACAGGAAGCAGCCUUUGGUGAAGAGAGCCGCCAAGGCCUUGAUUAGCAGGGUACGCGCAAAUUUAGAGAAACGAAUACUGGAAAAACGGCCUUGCUAUAGUUCCUUCAUUUUACAAAAAAACGUUCUGCGUCUUGGAAUUUUGAGCAUAUUUUUGAAAACUUAUUUUUAUUGAGUCCUUCUCUAGAGUCUUGUAGAGCCCUUCUUCUUAUAAAGAGGUUCUCUCAAGACUGAUUUUUGCAGAGAAGAGCGACGUCGAACGGCGGCUCGACGACGGAGGACAGCAGCGCCUACUCGGCCGACGAAGGCGGCUCGCCUCCCCUGUUCAACGGUAAAUCACGGCCAGAAAUCUCGGCGCCCAUCCCGCUGUCGGUGAUUCCCGAGAACUGCCCGCUCCACGGCAAGCUCUGGGACAUUCACCAGCAGGCCGAGCAAAUCAAGCAGAAAAGCGCCUCGCUGCGCCUUCCGAUCCUCAAAAAACGGGCCAGCGUCGUGUUCCGCGACGAUCAUGGCUCAGCCUUCAACGGCGCCUACAACAAUCCAAACGUCCGCAAAAUGAUUGACAUGAACACGAGCGUCUAUGACAACUCCGAGUGAUUGUCCUUUUUUCCGUGUUUUGAAACGUUUUGAAAUGAUUCGCGAGGUCGUGGGAACCUAUGAGAGCUUCUGCCGAAUUUAGUAAAUUUUUUGAAAAGUAAUUUUAGUAAUACUUCUCGUUCUCUUUCUGUUGGAAGGAUGGGAACUUUUGCUCUGGUUUUUCUUCGGACUUAGGUGACUCGUAAAUUUUUUCUGAGGCUAUGUGAACCUUUAGAGGUUAGCCUUUUUUGGGAAAAAAGACUUCUGAUUGAAAGUUUGUGUUUAGCUUUACUCUUGGAAACUGAAAAAUAUAAUCUUUAGGCCCUAAGAGUCAAAAUUUUCUCUUAAAUAACAGUUCCAAGUAGAAAAUUCCUUUUCAAAAAGUUGCUUGCCAGUUUUUAGAAAAUUUUUCAAGUUUAGAAGUUUUUGUAUAGUCGAAUCGCUGCGACUUGAGACUUUUUCGUUGCUGAAGAAUGGCUUCAAGAUGGUUAUUGCGACCGACUUGAAGCGGUUCGCGCUUAAAAAAGCCUUGCUAAACAUGAUCUGCAAAACAUAGAGCCAUUCUACAUGCGACCAGUGGGGUCUACAGUCGUAGCAAAUCAAAAUAAUAUCAAGAAAAAACCUCCGCCGCUUGCUUCAAUCAAUGUGAUCUUUGUAUAGAAAGAAAAAAUAUUGAAUCCCUUUUUUUUCUCUGAUUGCUCCAAAAUCGAUGAAAUGACGGGUGACAUCAUUCUGUGUUAUGAAUUUCAGUGUAAAAUUAUGUUAUUUGUCUGUACAGCAUGACUAUUUUAUGUUUUUUGGUAGCAUUUUGUGUAUUUUCGUACUUGUCCUCAUGUCCUGUGUUCCCCUUGUCCUCGUGAAAGUGCUAUUAAAAUAAAGUGUUUUUUGCUCGUUUUUUUUUUUGUAAAUGUGAUUUUUCGUUUCUAGUCGUUGUUGCAUGUUUUUGUGAAAAGAAUGGAAUAAAAAUAAAGAAAAAUGAAAAAAAUGGAGAACUGCGACCUUUUUUUCUGCUUAUCAAAAGUUCUCUUCAACAUUUUUUUGUGUUAGAUUUUUCAGUUUAUCAAGAGGUUUGACUAUUUAAAGAUUUUUAAGAGAAAAAGAGUUUUUGAUUUCUGCUUCUAAGUAAGAAACCAUUGAAAAUCGAAAAAAAUUAUAAAAUUUUUCCUUUCUCCAUAGGGACAAAAUGUUAUAGAUAAUUGUAGUUCCUCAUGUUUAUGUUCAAAAAAAACGUUUCAAUUGAAAAACAUGAUAUUUUUUUAAAGUAUGGCUUUACUUUUUCUGUUUUUUUAUAUGAAAGGACUUCCUCUUGUAAAAAAAUAAACUAUGAUCGAAAAAAAGCUUUUUUUCAGAAAUUUUUUUGUUUUUGUAUUAAAAAAAUCGGUUCCUAAAAAAAAGUAAUAGGUGAGGAAAAAAGGAAGGUUUUAAUGAGAAGUUGAAAAAAAAUUAAUUGGUUUCAACAUGCUCCUACGAAUUUAACUUGAGGACACCAUAAAAAAAUUAUUUUUUUGAUAAAUAUGAAAAAAAUUAUACGAGUUUUUUUGAAGUCGAAGAAAAAAAUGUAUAAAACUUUUAAAAAAAAUUAUGAAACAUUAGAAAUUCUCUGUUUUUUCUGCCAAUUUCUCCCUAAAUCUAGAAGGACUACCCAAAAAUAUUUAAAUUUUGAAAAAAUUACUUUCCUCAAUAUUCGUUUCACAUCUUCUGUUUUUGUUAUCACUUCCGGCGCUAUAAUUUAGGGUCGGAAUCUAUAAAGUAUCAGUUCAACUGUCAAUAAUCUAAAAAUGCAGCGGUGAUGGGCGUUUGAAUCUCUUCUGUUAAAAUUCCACCUCUACUUCUAAAUUUGUAGGAGCAACGGAUGACUGCGACGGACUCGCCCCGACUUGCUCCUCUUCGGAUGACCAUGACCGGAAUUCGCCCCGCUAUGAGACUAUCCCACCUCUCCAAGGUGCUCUUUCCUAUCUCUUCCUUUUUUCUCCUUUCGAUAAUCCUUAACGUUUCCAGAACUAACCUCGACGCGUUACUCGGCGAUGCGACAACGCGGAGAUCCGAUCGGCGGAUCCGUGAGGAUUGGCACUGGGCCAAGACGGCCUCUGAUCCAUUCCAGGACCUAUGAUCAUAUCAUUUUGAAUGGUGACUUUUUGGUUAGAUUCGUUGCGAGGUUUAAGAAAGGCUUAGAAGUUGUGAAACUUCGGAGUUGAACAAUUAUUUUGAGGACCAUAUUAUUUUGAUUGGAGAUCUUUCGGACACACCUUGGAUAUGUAUAAAAAAGUUGAAAAAAUUGAUUUUAGUGUCCUGAUAUGGCGGAUGAUUUUUUGAUCCAUUUGUGAACAGUUUCAAGAAAAUUCGUCGAAACAAGUUUUAUUAAAAUCAAAAUUGGUGCACAACUUCAAAGGACAGAUGCAAAAAAGUAUUUCUCUCUUUCUUUGUUCUUUAUUUUUCUACGCUCUCUUGCUUAAAAGUUUUCUGAGAUUUUUUUGAUUAUAAAACUUAAAAAUUUGUCAUUGCAUAUCUUUUUUUCGAAUAGAGAAAUUCAUCAUUAUUUAGAUAGAAAGUGAAUUUUUGAGCCCUCUAACUUCACGAGAUCGUUAGAUUUUCAGAGACAUAUGAUCUCUAUUUCUUUGGCGUCUCUGCGAUCCCCACGUUCUUUUGUUUUGAAUAUUCAGAAUUAUCCGUUUUCCGUAGAAAGUUAUUCAGAAAAUUUUCUCCAUGAAGUUUGGAUCUAAAAAUUCAAAACUAUCUCUGACUCUCCCAAACUCAGUUAUCUUUUUCUUUCUCUGACGGCUAUUUUGCAUUUUGCGGAAUCAUUUUCUCGAAACGAAGGUCUCAGUCUGCAAAAUAGCUCUAAAACAGGAAAACAGUUGGUUUGAACAGCCGCAACAUGUUUGUGCACAACUGUUUUUUUAAUCUGGAAAGUUUCUCUUUACAUGCAAAGAGAAAAAGUUACAUAGGAUUUAUAAAAAAAAGCAAAAUUUCUCUGUAAAAAGUUCAUGGAUUACAAGGUAUAUAUAUCUGGAAGGUGAAGCUGUCAGAAGACAAUUCAGGAAUUGAAAAAAAAAAUUAGGCUUUAUCGAAAACGAAGCAUUUGCAGACGUCAACCCUCUCUUCGACAAGCCUUCGAGCACUCUGCCGCCGAGAGCUCCGGUCAGGAAUUCCUCGGUGACGGCGAGCCUCCGAUCCCGACCCCCGCCCCCACCAUACCAAGCCAAAAAUGGCGUGGUGCCAAGGACCCCGCCAAGCUAUCAGAAUAGAAAUCCGCAUCCGGUUCGUUAGAAAGAACCAAAUUCAAGAAAUCAUUAUUUUUCUUUUCAGUCCCCAAUGGACUCGCCGCCCUUGUUCCAGCCAAGAUGUUCGUCUACGCCAAAGAGCGGAUCGCCGAUGAGAGAGAUCGAAGAAAUCCCCAGGGAGAAUGGGGCAAGUGCUGUCAUCUCGGAUCGGCUGGUCGUGCCGGAAGGCGAGCAAAGAACCUUCAUCAGAGAGAAGGUGAGACGAAAAAGAAGGAAUUUUGAUUUCAGAAAGUUUCCUUUGUUCGUUCUUUACUUUUGAUUUUUGUGGUAUAAAGAAGUUAUAGCUAACUUUAUUGACGUUCUAAAGCUUCCAAGCCUUCAGAGCGCGUAAGUCGACGUUUUUCCGACAAGUUUGAAAUUUGUAGUAGCCUAGGUCGAUAUUUCAGAAAUGUCGCCAUGUUUUAAAAGUCUAAGUGCUUUUUAGCUUUUUUUAAGACGAGAAACCUGGACUAUCAGCUUUUUUGAAAUCCUUAUUCACAAUUAAGUAGAGCUCAUUAGUUGAUUUCAGUACCGCCUUUUCCAGAUUUCGAAGGCUGCUUCCUUUUCUGAGCUGAUUAAAGCUCAGGCGAAAAAAUCUCCUUAUCUUGAUAAUUUCCACGGGUUUUUCCGAUGCUUCCACCCAAAUGAAUUUCUAUCAACGUUAGAAAAGUCUAAAAAGCGGUUUUCAUGCGUCAAAUUCCAGGAAGAACGAGUGGACAAGGCGAUGAGCUACUACGAGAACGUCAACAACCCGUCGAUGCUCAACGACUCGACGACGAACAACGGAAACGAGAAGGCCAACGAGAGCACUGUUUGGUACGAGUACGGAUGCGUCUAA